AUGUUUGACCAGAGAACCUUACCGAGUUAUGCCCAACCAACCAAAUCAUUCACCUGCAAAAAAGCCUUUGCUUCAAGAACUAAUGGUGAGGCAACCAACAAGUACAAAACCAUAUACGCAAGUACAAAAUCACAAAAAAUAACACCAAAACCAAAAUCAUCCGGUUUGUUGAGUUUAUUUAGUAGUCAUGGGGCUGAAAACAGCAUUAUUCGCAAAAAAAGAGAUCCAUUUUCAAGUCCAGAUGAAAACAAAGAGAACCAAGUGCCCUUUGUAAGAAAGGCAGCAUACGAUACACCAGUUAUGAGAGACAAUUCUGAUUAUUACGAGGAGUUCAAAAGUCCCCAGAAGGGCUUGAGUCUUAGGUACGAGAGAGUGGAAAGCCCUCAAGAUCAACUGACUCCAUUUUCAUUAGAGGAGGUUAACUCAAUUAUCAAUAAAUACUACAAAGAGUCUAAAAGCGGUGGCAUUGGAUACUUCCAAUCUUCAUUUCCAACAGAAUACUUGAAAUCUUUAGCUCACGAUAAGGACUACUUAUCUAAAGAUGAAUGGUACAAAUUGGUAGAUAUUAUUUCUGCUUUAACAGAAGCCUUGGUCAUCUCCCAGAAUGAGGAGGCCCGAUGUUUGGUUGGAAUGGUCAAGGAUUUCCAACAAGAAAUAAUUUACAGUUCUAAAGUUUGUAAUAAUGCCAUUUAUGAAUUGGAGGAAUUGGAAACCGAGAUGGCAUUAACUAAGGAAAAUGAAAGAAAACUAAAUGAAAUAAAACAUUUUUUAAAGAUAGGACUAAACUCUUUCCCAGAAACUCGCAAAAAAAAGACUAUAGUGAAUAUUAGUAAGUCUGAUGACCAAGCAAUAUCGAAGGAUUUUGGGCCAUUUUCGGGAACCAAAAGCUUGGGGACAGGAUCAAUCAUACAAGAAAUAUUCAACCAUACACAAAAUGGGUUAAAAAAUUUGAUUUCACCUUUACAGGCAAAAUACGAAAGGAGUUUGGAAAAUGUUGGUGUUGCAAGGGAUCAGAUGGAAAAUGUUUUUUCAGAUAUUGAUUAG